AUGGAUGUCUGUAAUCCUCCAACGUACGAUGCUGAAGAAGAAUUAUUACGUCAUCAAAAACAAUAUAGUCAAAUGGAUAAAUUAUUAAUUCCAGCAGAGAUGCGUCAUCAACCAGUGUCAACUGGGACAACAAUUAUCGCUAUGGAAUAUGAUGGCGGUGUUGUCCUAGGAGCUGAUACUCGUACAUCAGCUGGUUCAUUUGUUGUGAAUCGUUUCACUGAUAAAUUAACACCGUUAACAGAUCGCAUAUAUUGUCUACGUUCAGGAAGUGCAGCUGAUACACAAGCUAUUUCACAAGUUGUUCAAUAUCAGUUAGAAUUUCUAUCAGCUGAAAUGAAUGAACCACCAUUAGUAAAAAUUGCUGCUAAUUGUGUGAGACGAAUGAUUUAUCAAUAUCGAGACGAUUUUGUUGCUGGAAUGAUUGUUGCUGGAUGGGACAAAAAACUUGGAGGACAAGUUUAUUCUUGUCCAUUGGGUGGCCUACUAGUUCGACAACCAGUUUCGCUUGGUGGCUCGGGCAGUACUUAUAUUUGGGGUUUUUUGGAUAACAACUAUAAACCCAAUAUGACAAAAAAAGAAUGUUUAGAACUUGUUUUAAAAGCAAUUACAUUGGCAAUAACACGUGAUGGAUCGAGUGGUGGAUGUGCACGUUUAGCUGUUAUUGAUGCACAAGGAGUUGAAAGAAUUGAUGUACUCGGUAAUGAACUACCAAAAGUCUAUGAUCUUUAA